AUGCACGCUUCAACACCUACUCUUUCCAAUAACACAUAUUAUUAUCAUCAUCCCCAACGAAGCCAUAGUACAGAGUAUGUACCCGCAGCACCUCCACCCUAUGACACCCAGUUGAAUUUACAUCAUAGUAGUCCCGUACCUUCACCGAGCACCUCAUGGACAUCAGAGAUGAGUGCUUUUGCCGAGAAAAUUAAAGACGAUUCUACUUCUUCCUCGGCUAUUGACAGACAUAGCAUAUCGCAAGGAAUGAAGCUUGUAUCCAUAGCGGCGGAUGAAUAUGAACAGGGCAAUGAAUCCGUAGCCCUUGGUAUUUAUCUUACAGGCAUUGAUAAGAUCUUGAUGGCUUUACCAAAUAAAACAGACAUGAACACAAAAAUGGCUAUCCGAGAAAAACUUCUUGAUGUGGAAGAAAGGGUUGGGAUUAUUAACCUUGCUACAUCCCAAAAAAAGCAACAACAACAACAACAACAACAACAACAAAAUAACCAGCCCGAAGAUUAUAGUGGUAGGAAUAUCAUGACAAAUACAUUUCUGUUAUCGCGGAUUGCUUCCACUAUCAGCACCAUUAGCACCAAAGCUUAUCAGUCCACAUUGAUCGAGACAAACAAUGAGAACACACCAACUGUAGUUGUGACAAGUACGCCAAAUGUCCCUAUGGAUACAGGCGAUGCUAUGACAAAGUUCAAACGAUUCGGUCAAUAUGUCAUUCAAACUACUGUGACAUGUGCGGUCUUAAUCAAGCGAUCCCCACUUCCAGGUACGUAA